UUCGGUUGGAUAUUUUGCUGUUUCCUGGUUAGAUUGCCAGCCAUUUUGGAUUCUACACGACUAACCUCUCGGUUUUUUUGGGAGUAGUUACUUUUUUAAUCUGAAAGAGAACUUGAAGCUAGCGAAUCAAUUCCAGUAAUUCAUAGCUAAGCCUUUUUACAAGAAGAGCGUUUUAUUGUCACCUGCCAACGAUGAACCCUGAAUAUGAUUAUUUAUUCAAGCUGCUCCUGAUUGGUGACUCCGGCGUUGGGAAGUCGUGCCUCCUCCUUCGGUUUGCAGAUGACACUUACACAGAGAGCUACAUUAGCACCAUUGGUGUGGACUUCAAGAUCAGAACUAUAGAAUUAGACGGCAAGACCAUCAAACUUCAGAUCUGGGACACAGCAGGUCAGGAGCGUUUUCGCACCAUCACAUCGAGCUACUACAGAGGAGCGCAUGGCAUUAUUGUAGUUUACGAUGUCACAGACCAGGAGUCUUUCAAUAAUGUUAAACAGUGGCUACAGGAGAUUGAUCGCUAUGCCAGUGAAAACGUUAAUAAGUUAUUGGUUGGGAACAAGUGUGACCUUACAACAAAGAAGGUGGUGGAUUACACAACAGCCAAGGAAUUUGCGGACUCCCUCGGCAUCCCCUUCUUGGAGACCAGCGCGAAAAAUGCCACCAAUGUAGAGCAAGCUUUCAUGACUAUGGCGGCUGAGAUCAAGAAGAGGAUGGGUCCCGGAGCUGCCGCCGGCGGGUCUGAGAAGUCCAACGUCAAGAUCCAGAGCACUCCGGUGAAGCCUGCCUCUGGGGGGUGCUGCUGAGCCUCUCCUCCCCAACCCCCCCCUCCUCAAACCCCUGCCCCAGUUUCUGGUGCAACACCACCUCGUUCCACAGUCAGAAAGACAGAGGAAGAUGGCGAUGGAGAGAAACAUGUUAAGUUGCCUGAAUUGUACUGUAUGUAGCCGCACUACCAGAAAUUCUCAAACAAAAAAAGGAAAAAAAAAAAAAAAAGGUCAACAAUUCAAUGAACUUGGCCCAAACUCCUGCCCCCGACUGGCUGCUUCUGUGUCCACCGUUGAGACUUCAGAUCCCAUCUUCACAGUUAUUUAAAGUCUCAGAGUUCAGGGUUACCCAUGUGAAUUAGAAUGAGUGUAUAUCUCGCAGCAUUCCCGCCGCUGGUCUGCCUCGCGGCCGGUUCCUUUCUCCUGGCGUUUGUGUCCAUGUCUGUAGGCAUUUGUCUCAUGAUGACGAUGACGAAGUUUCUGCCAACAUCUGUUCACCGAUAGCGCAGGUGUUCCCACUGUAUGGAGGAUGUCGCGUGACGCUUGUGUAAAUACGUGCACGUGGGUUUCCGUGCACGCAUCCGCGUACGUCUGCGGCAGCCGCCUGGACAGUCACGGCCCAUGUCCAGUAGACCUAGGAACGCGUUAACCUGUGUGGUGUGUGCGUGCUCACGUAACGUAUGUAGGUGUGAGUGUGCAUGUGUGCGUGUGACCUGAGCCCUGUACAGAAAGAACCAGAAUAAAUUCCAUUAUCUGAUGACUAGUGUAACUUUGUUAUCUCUGCAUUUCCUUUGUGUCUGCAGACUUGUAAUUAUUGAUGCAAGCUCCCUACCCCUGAAAAAACCUGAAGAAAUGUUUAAUAAACAUUUUACUUAUUGGAAUUCUUACCUGAGUGUAUAAAAACUUUUUUGUUUGGUAUUUAACCUACAAUUUUUGUUCUGUUCAUAAAUAUUUUACUUUAUAAUAAUGAUUGUGUCAGCAAUAUGGCUGAAACCUACGAGCAGGCUGACAUAAGGGGACGAUGUCAAAAAUGCGUAUAAGGCGCUAUGUUAAUUUUCAUAAAGCGAACCGAGUCCAGUUUUAAAUUAGCUAGAUUUCUGGGCUGGUCUAUUAUAAAAGGGAUCCUCAGAUCUGCUGCUGUAUUUACUUAGGUUGAUGGCAUGAUUGUUGUUAUAUAGGUUUGAUUUGAUAUUAGCGUUUGUUAAAGGUUUCAUACUCUGUACCUUAUUUAACGUCUUAAGCAACAUGUAUCAGGUCAUAUUUAAUAUAGUCAUUGAAUUAUUGUACUUUCCCAAUGGCUUAAUGUGGUUGCAAGGGCUUGCCAUAGUUUAUGCAUUAAAGAAAUCCUAAAUCGUUCUUGUAUCAGUCGAUUCCAAAAUUCCGAAGUUGACUGUAAAGUGCUUUAGAAUGAAUCGGAAAAUAACGCACAGGAGCUUUCGGUACCUCUUCCUGUGCUCCCGAGGUUUUUUUUAAUUUUAGCUAGUCUAGUUUAAAUGCAAAUGUGGCAAAUUCAGCACAGUUUGCGUAUUUAGUUUUUGUGCCCUUUUUCUUAAGUGUUACUUUGUAAAAUUACCCUGCAGAAUUAGCAUUUCUUUUCCACAGAUUAAAUGGUUUGUAUAAAGGCAUGCAAAUACACCUCAGUUCCCAUAACUUUUUUUCUUGUGGGAACUGAGCGACUGAGCAGUAGAUUUUUUUUCUCUCUAAACAAAGAAUCCUUACUUUCUGUUGCUGCACUCAGUGGUUAGUUUAAUAGGUACAUCUGCUCACUAAUGCAAAGGGUCAAUCGUGGCUGCAAAUGAAUACAUGCAGCACACACAGGGUCAGGAGGUUCACUUACUGUUUGUCUGAGCGUGAAAACUGCUGAGACGCCUGAUCGAAGUCAUUUUGAAAAUGGUGUUACUUGCUGUCAGACAUGCUGGGUCUAGCAUCUCAGAAAUUGUCACUUUUCUCGGAUUUUCACACGCUGCAGUGUCUAGAGUUUGCAGCGAAUGGUGUGAUGAACAAAUAAAACAUCCAGUCAGUGGCAUUUCUGUGGCUGUAGAAUAUCCAAUUUGACAGGAAGGCCGCAAGUGCAAUAAUAACUAAAACUAACACUAGCGUUCAGAACGGCUUCUCUGAACACACACCUCAUCUACCUUUGUAGUGGUUCUGGAGCCAAAUAUGUAUCCUGCCUGGUAUUAGCUAGGUUUACCUAAACAGGAUUGCCACCAAGUAUGUAUAUGUAGUUUGGUUAAUACUUAAAAAAUCAGGGUUAUUGAAUAACUCAUUCUACAGAAAUUCUGAUUAGCUUUUACUAAAUCGGCCAAUAUAUCAAGCAAGUAAGUAUGUGGUAAGAUGGGCAGAGAUACACUUUGCGCUUCAGAAUGUCAGUUGUAUGCAUGUGUCCAUGUAAUGAUUUACAGGAGUGACCUGAGUUAAUGGUUUAAUCUUUCACAAUUGUUUAUGCUGAAUUGAAUAAAUGGUAUUUGUUUGAUCUAGA